AUGUUUUACGAAUUAGAUAAAUUAGAUCUAAAAAGUUUAUCUUUAGAGUCACUUGACCCAGCACUCAUUUUUUACCAUAGGAUUGAGUUAAAACUGUGGACUGGUGAAGAAGAAAAGGAAAUUAAGAUAUUUUAUGACGCAAUCGAAUAUGCAUUAAAAGAUGAAUUACUUGAAAAACAAAGAAAAGAAAAGCUAUAUAUUCUUAAAGAAAUACAACCUGAAAUCAACCGAAUUCUUCGUGGUGAAUGUUCUGAUGAAGAACGUGAUGCUUAUCAAGACAUUUAUAAUAUCUUGCACAAAUUAGUUCCUGAUAAUAAUGAUUAUGAUUCGUUAAAUAUGGAAGUCAUAGAUAUCACCUCCAAGUGGGCAAGUAAAUUCAAAGAUACCACGAUUAAUUUUGCCAAAAAAUUGGAAUUGGAAAAAGAUUUGGUGGAAGAGUGUAAAAAAGUUAUUCAAAAAUCUCAAAACAACACCAAUCUUAAAUGGAUUAUUUCCGAAAGUUCCAUUGCUUCCUUAGGUCAUUGGGUAGAAACUUUAGAGAAUGAUAUUUGGAAAUUGAGUAUGGAUUGGAAUAAAAAUCAGUCCGAGAGAAACUUUCUGACACAAGUUAUAGAACCACUUCUUUCUGUAGCAUUGGAUGAUCUUCCAGUGGAUGUUACAUACUUGUUAAAUCGCGCCAAUCAAGAUUAUAAAUCAGUGAAUACAAAAACUUCAGCAAUUGGAGAUCGACCUGACAUCAUGUUUACGGUUAAAAUUAGUGAAAAAGCCCUUGAGUUACUUUACGUUGAAAGUGGGAGAUGCAAAACUACUGAUAAAAAGGUUUCAUCAGAUCAUACUAAAUUGAUUUGCUUAUGUAAAAGUGGUUACAAUUUUGUGACCACCCAAAAACAAUUAAAAGACAACAAAGAUAUUUGUUCUUUUCUUACGAUUUUGGGGAUUAAUAUAACUG